UUCCUCCAGCUUCUGUUACCAACAGGAACAAUGAUCCUUUGCUGUGGUCUUGUUGCUGCCAGCAGCAUCAGAUGUGGAAGGAAAUGUUUGGUUCAGACAGAUGUUUAGUUGAGCUUUAGCAGCAGAUUCCAGCUGUUCACACUGCAGAGGACCACAGUCACUUUGUUCCAGUCCUUCAACACCUGUCCAACUCCAACACCUCAACAUCAUUUCUUAGCAGGUUUAAAUAAAGCUCUGACUUCUGUUCCUCACUGAGAGAAAAUAUGCUGGAAAUUCUUGGGUUUCCUUAAGAGAAGUGAGCGAGUGAACUUGUCUUUAGUGGAUUUUAUUGAGCAAUAAUAAAAGUUGCAGAGAGAAUCUUAUUUCCUCUGAAAGGACAGAGCUCUUCCAGCUGAAGUGUAUCCAUGAGGUCUGAUAAAGGCUGAUAAAGAGCAGUUAUCUGUGUCUGAUGCUCAUACAGGGUAAAUAAAGAGUUCAGGUGGUUAAAGGUCAAUAAUUCACUGGUGAAAAUAGUCUCCAUCAGUCCUGCCUCUGCUCUGAGUGUUAGUCCCUCCUCCUGAGACAGUUAACAGGCACUUUCAAAUCAAAUAGUCUUUAUUGUCAUUGUUCACACAAUAUACAGCGAGAUUGGUGGAGCAACUCCCACUCGUGCUUAAAAACACUAAAAGGGUAAGAGAUAGAUAAUAAACAGAAAAGGAGUAUUAAGAAAACAGAUAAAAAAUCUGACAUUCUCAAGACAGAAAGACACUGACACACACUCUUAUCGCACUAUUUGUUCCUGAAGCAGUCUGUCUGACAGCUGAUGGUGGUUUGAGGUGUAGUUCUGAAUGCCUGCUGCAGGUCUGAGCAGACCUGGUCUGGUGUGUUGUUUGCCCUCAGGACGACCCUGCUGCUCCUGGUGUCACAGAGCCGGGAGAGUGCUGUGCUAACGUUAGCCUCGGUGGGAUGUAAACAUUGUAACACUCGUUUCUGUGGUUCUCGUCCCGCACCGGCCCCCUGUUUAUUCCCCGCCAUCAGCAGCUCCAGUCCCUCCGUUUUGUGGACGGCAGAUCCGGCAGUGCAGGUCUGUGAGGCUUCCUCCGUAGCCCGGCUAGCAGGCCCGCUCUGCAUCCCCGCUUCUCUCUCCGCUCUCUACGCCGCCUGCGGCGCCUCCUCGACCCGACAACACACCACGGAGAGCCCGGUGGUCGCGCUGGGUGCCCUGGUACGUGGUGAGACCGCUGGAAGUCCCGUGUAAUGUCGGUCCGACAAGCGAAUCCAAUGUCCCGCAGCUCCGCGUGGGUACACGAUACUUUAGUACCGUACACUCACCGAAGCGGAGAGCUCAGAGCCGCCAUUUUAUAAAAUGUAGGAUGAAGAUGAGUGAAGCUGCUCAGCCAUUUACUCUACAGUCAAACAGCUGCGUCACCGGAAACUAAUGAAAGUGAAACUAAAGUUUCCUCUGAAGAGGAGGAGAAGUCAGAAAUGGUGAAAACAGUGUUUUUGAAGCCUUAGUCAGUUCAGUAAGAAGCUGAUUGAAGGGGACUUUUGUUGGAGUUUCUUCCAGGAAGAUGAAGAUGUUGGUGGUGUUUGUGAUCCUCCUGCACGUUUCCCAGCAUACCUUCACUGUGGAGGUGUAUGAGGGGGCGGAGUCAGUCCUGCUGUCCUGUCAGAUCUCCUCUGUUCCUCUGGGUCCCACAGUGAUUUGGAGCCGCUUCGAUCUCAGUCCUUCAACCGUCCACCAGAGAAACCAGAGAGGUGAGAUCCUUAGAGACCAGAACCAGCGUUACAGAGACCGAACAUCAGUGAAGACUGACGCUCUGAGGACUGGAGACCUCAGCCUCACUCUGAGGAAACCCCGCCUCUCUGACAGCGGCACCUACACCUGCUCCAUCAGACCAGUUGGAGAGGAACCCAGACUGACAAACGUUCAGCUGCAGGUCAAAGAACCGUACACGUUCCCAACUGAAGCCACUGUUCUCCUGGUUCUUCUGGGUCUGGUUGCUGUUGUCGUUGUUGGUCUGGCUGUGUAUUUCUGGUUCUAUGUCAUCAGAGUCUCUAAGGUGGUGGUGGAGGUGGAGGAGGGGGCGGAGUCUGUCCUGCUUCCUUACACAACCAUCGCGUGUCUGCCGAGGGACGCCACAGUGGAGUGGAGGUGCUGUGAACCUAAACCCAUGACGGUCCAUGUUCAUCAGGAUGGACGUGACCGUCCAGACAAACAGGAUGAAUUUUACCAGAACCGAACGCAGAUGAAGAAAAACCCUCUGAGAACUGGAGACCUCAGUCUGACCCUGACUGACCCCAGUUAUCUGGACAGAGGGACCUACGUCUGCUCCGUCCGCAGACACAAACACAUCCUGAUACAGAAAGUAGUUCAGCUGCAGGUCACAGUCCAACAGGUGGAGGUGAAGGUGGAGGGGGGUGUGGAGUCUGUCCAGCUGCCGUGUCAAAGCAGAGUUCACCUUCCUGAGGACGUCACAGUCGUCUGGAAGUUCUGUCAGUCCAAGACCACAACGAUCCACGUGAAUCACAACGGCUGUGACCAGAGAGACCAACAACACGAGUUUUACAGAGACCGAACAGAGAUGAAUGAAGACCUGCUGAGAACUGGAGACUUCAGUCUGACCCUGAAACACCCCACAGACAGUGACACAGGAAGAUACACCUGCACCGUCUUAAUGGACAAACACUUUCCCAUGAAGAAAGAGGUGAAGCUCCGGGUCAAAGUCCAACAGGUGGAGGUGGAUUCAGAGGUGGAGUCUGUCCAGCUGCCCUUCAAAACCACAGUUCACCUGGAUGGAAACAUCAGAGUGGAGUGGUGGAACAGUUACAACUUGAAGGUCCAUGUGUAUGAGAACGGCUCUGACCGACCUGAAGAACAGCACUGGUUUUACAUAGACCGAACAGAGAUGAAGAAAGACCUGCUGAGACCUGGAGACCUCAGUCUGACCCUGAAACACCCCACAGACAGUGACAGAAGAACCUACACCUGCACCGUCUACAGCAGGGACGGACACAUCCUGAUGGAGAAACAAGUGAAGCUAAAGGUCAAAGUCCAACAGGUGGAGGUGGAGGAGGGGUUGGAGUCUGUCCAGCUGCCCUUCAGAACCACAGGUGACCUGCCUCAAGACGUCAGAGUGAAGUGGUUCAACAGAGACAAUGGCAGGACGGUCCAUGUGUAUGAGAACGGCUCUGACCGACCUGGAGAACAGAACCAGGUUUACAGAGACCGAACAGAGAUGAAUGAAGACCUGCUGAGACCUGGAGACCUCAGUCUGACCCUGAAACACCCCAAAGUCACAGACACAGGAAGAUACAGCUGUGAAGUAAUCGCCAGGGAGUGGUACUUAGUGAGAAAGAAGACAGUGCAGCUCAAAGUGAAAGAGAGAACUCAGGUCAAAGAUGAAACAGUCGACAUCAGGAACAGAAGGAGCUCCACUGAUCCAACUCCUCUGAUGGCUGAUCAAUCAGUUUGAUCGGUCUGUUGAUCAGUCUUUGAUUAUUGAUCCGAUCUUACUUUGGAUCAGAGAGAAAAUGGAAGUGAAGGAGCUGAUGGACGAUGGAUGAAGACAGGAGGACGCUUUGUCAACUUCUUCUUCACUCCAACUGACUCUCACACAGUCUGAGGACUCACUAUUGAUCAGUAUUGAUCAGUGAUGUCACAUGUGGAUCAGCUGUGUGAUUUGGACUCUAACAUGUUGUUGUAGUGUUUAGGAGCAGGUGUUGUCAGGUGUCUGUGCUGCAGGUAUCAUCAGGGAGUCUGAGCUAUGAUUAUCAGUCUAAGGACCAGACAGGACAUGACAAUAUGUUGUUCUGGUCCAUUA